AUUCAAGCAGAGAGAAAGUAGGACAGUGUUUGCCAUCACGGAGUACCAUGCGUGCCCUUUAACCUCACUGUAAUCACUAUAGAGGUGUAUCAGUAACCGCUGUCUAUUUCAGUGGGCCGUCGGCAUAGGGAGCUAUUAAUAGGACCGAUGAAUUCAUUGCUUAUAGUUGUAUAAGUUUACUGUUAGGCACACAACGCUCAACGCUGACGCUUACAAAGUCACUCUAUAUGGAAGGAUAAAUUAUAUACACUUUAGUGUGUGUGUGUGUCACUCAGAAGAAAAGGUGGAAGAAACCUGGGAUGAGUUCCCAAUUGCCGGAACCGGAGUAUACCUUCAAGAUACUGAUCAUAGGAGACUCCGGGGUUGGGAAGUCGGCCCUCCUCCUCCGGUUCACGGAGAACACGUACCUAGAGAGAUUCAACACCACGAUUGGAGUCGAUUUUAAAUUCAGAACGAUAUUUGUGGAAGACAAAGCUGUCAAACUUCAGAUCUGGGAUACAAGUGGACAAGAACGCUUCCGUGCAAUUACAUCCAGCUACUACAGGAACAUCCACGGCAUCAUCAUCAUGUACGACAUCACGAGUCAGACAUCAUUCAACAACAUAGAGAGGUGGAUUCAUCAGUGUGAACAGUACUCUACGGAAGGGGUCAACAAGAUGAUCGUGGGCAACAAGACGGACCUGGACAAGGACAGGGUAGUUCCGGAGAGCACAGCCAAGGAGUUUGCAGAAUGUCGUGGCAUGCCCUACCUGGAAACCAGCGUGAAGGAAAACAGUCAGGUGGACGACGCCUUUCGUAUCCUAGCGGAGGACAUCAUCAACAGCUGGGACAUGGUCACUGACAUAGAUGAAACAUGUGACCCAAAUAUAACGUUAUCUACUAACGGCCCGGUCAGGAAGCCCUGUUGUCGAGUUUGAUGGAACUUGUGAAUGUGUAUGAAUGAGGGGGGUGAAACUCCACCGGUGAUUCUUCUGUAUGGUAGAUGUGUUCGGCUGUAUGAGAGAGAAGUCUGAAACCGACUUGUGUGCGAUAGAUCUGACAAGAUAUGUUGAAUGUAGUAUUUCGUGGCAAGGAGUCUUGAGUUGCCGUUGAGUUUAUGUAAAUGUUCGGGAUAAACCUGUGUCUAAGUGGCCGCGAUCAGGAUCGAUGGCGAAAAUAAUAUACAAUGGUUGGUUGCUUUCGUAAAUAUACUGAACAUUAGAAAAGCACCACACUAAAAUGCACCGAGGAUACUCAGAUAUAAUGGGUGCAUUGCAGUCUGACGGGAUAUUUCGUAUUAUAUGGGUGGUGCAUUUCUAAUGUUGUUCAGUAUAUGUAGUCCUUCGAUAUGUUUAUAGACAGGAUAUGUUAGUCCUUUGAUUUGCACUUUGUAAAUCUGUAUUGUGAGAUAGAGAUAAAGUAUUCUACUUAAAACACCGAACGCCUACAACUGGGAGGCCGUGCAUUUCAAUACUCACCAGCUAUGGCAGAUUAGCUAUAUAUACAGUAUUAUUUAACUACUUUUGAGUAGUAUAGCUUAGAACAGCUUGAAACGACAAAUGAUAAUAACGUAAUUAAUUUAUUGAUCUUAUAUAAAUGUCAUAUAAAUGGGAGUCACGCCUUGGCUGGACAUUCCAAUAAAGAAAUAUAUACUCUACUCGCUGAUGCAUGAAUGAGUCAGUGAGUUUAUUUUUACAAUGGGCUCAGCAAUAUUCCAGCUAUAUGGCGGGCGGUCGUGUCUGGACCACACAAUCCAGUGAUUAACAGCAUGAGCAACCUGACCACCCGAUCCCGUUAGUCGCUUCUUUAAAGCAUGGGUUAUUGAUGUAUGAAUAACACUCAAUAUUUGCCAAGGACCAUACCUUUGACUUAAGAUGACUAUUUACCUUAGCAAAUAUCGAGUAGUAUAUAUCCCUCUUGUACAAUGAACUGUGAAGAUGAGUUGUGUUUUAGAUUUGCAUAGAUGUCGCAAGUUUCUGUGAUUGAUAUAUUCCAAACAUAUAGCCAUAAUUGACACAUUUAAUAUGUUGACGUGUGUCUAUUCUUCUAAACCUAGUGUUGAUGUUUCCGUGAUUAAGUGUGUAUUUAUGCAACUUUUCAAAUUGAGUACAGAUAUGUUCAUAAAUCUAGCUAGAUCCUUCUGGUCAGAGGUUACUGAAUUGUUUUUCUUGUAACAGGAGCUACCUAUACUACACAACUUUGAUAGGGAUAUCUCUCAUCUUUCCAUGACAGCAAACUGGUUACUAUGCAUCAAUAGUAUAUUCAAAUACAAUGACAUAUUUUGUUAUCCCUAUCAAAAAUUGAGUAGUAUAUAUACUCAUGAAAAUGAAUCAGGGGGACACCUGAAAAUACAAGUGUUCCUUUAUUCUUUUCCAGGU